GGGCUCCUAGGUCCGGGAGAGGCCGCUGGGCCCGCGCGGGCCGAACCUCGGCUCUGUGCCCCCGGGCCGCCCGCGGGACCCGCAGCACCAGGCAGGCAACGGCUAGGUGACUCGGCCAGGGUCACCGCCGCCCUGCGAGGCUGGGGCUGCCUCUUACUGCCCAUUGUGCAUCCGGCGACACUGAGGCGGACCGAGAUCUGUCCGGGUCUCCAGCCUUGGGCUUCCCCGGAGACCGGGAGCUCGCGGACCUCCCCCCCACCCCUCCCCCCACUUUACCGAGCUGGACAGUGGGGCCCCACCUGGGAGCGCCCGGUAUGGCGGCUGCAAAGAAGUAGCAUUGGAGCAGUUCAAAGUUCGCCCCCCCCCACCCAUUCCGGCUUGGGGCGCCCAGAGGCCGCCUUGAUUCACGCGUGGGAGGGAGGAGGGCCCGUCCCCGUCCCGUCCCCCCCCCCAGACCUAGAGUGACCGCAGUGGCCAGGAGCUGUGUGUCGUCAGUCCCACCUUGUUAAUGGCCAGCAAAGCUGUGGUAGACUGGGCUUCAUGUCCAGCGGCGUUGGGGGGCCCGAGCACCCAGGCCCUCACGCCGGCUUGACCCUCCCUAGUCUGGAGCCGCAGUUCAGUUCUGAGACGCCCGUCCUGGUGAAGGGCUGGCCGAGGAAACUGGCCAAAGAGCCCUGGAGUAGUAACAGACUGUUUUAGGACUUAGUCUGUACUUGCUACAUUCUGCGGCUCGGGCAUUGGUUCCAUUGGAAUGACAGUUGGAAGGGAUUUUAGGGGUCUUUAUUAACCCCCUCUUUUACAACUGAAGAAACUUACCCCCGGGAAGUGAAGUGACUCAUCCAAAGCCCUCUUCACCUGUAGCUGGACGGAGGUUUGCAAACAGCCUUCGCUGUAGCCCCAUGGCUUUUCACAGAUGAGCUGCUGCUGUUUGCUUUUGGAGCACGGAAUCCUCCCUUCAUUGGACAGGGGGAAGGUUUCCUAACCUUCCCCCUAUAAUUGCCUCACUGCCAGGGUGUUGGUAAUUGGGGUUAUCCUUAUUAUCAUCGUGUGAUUGAGUUUGCAAAACUGCAGGGGGUAAGAUUCUCAGCUCAUUGAAAGGGACCUCCGAAAAGUUUUACUUAGAAAGUCUUUUAGAGAAGGUCCCCUGAAUGCAGACGCCUGGGAAGCAUUUGUGUUGGUGAAUAGGAUUCUUCACAAGUCUUGGAGAUCACAAUAGAAUUUUGGUAUUCUACAGGUUCCUGGGUGGAGCUCCAGAUGAACGGCAACGGCAACGACGGGAAUGGGAAUGGAAAAAACGGGGGUCUGGAGCAUGUGCCCUCCUCGUCCUCCAUUCACAACGGAGACAUGGAGAAGAUCCUCCUGGACGCCCAGCACGAGUCAGGCCAAAGCAGCUCCAGAGGCAGUUCCCACUGUGACAGCCCUUCCCCACAAGAAGAUGGUCAGAUAAUGUUUGAUGUGGACAUGCACACCAGCAGGGACCAUAGCUCUCAGUCUGAAGAAGAAGCUGCAGAAGGAGAAAAAGAAGUGGAAGCUUUGCAGAAAAGUGUGGACUGGGUAUCGGACUGGUCCAGUCGGCCUGAGAACAUCCCCCCCAAGGAAUUCCACUUCCGGCACCCUAAACGUUCUGUUUCUUUAAGUAUGAGGAAAAGUGGAGCCAUGAAGAAAGGGGGCAUUUUCUCUGCAGAAUUUCUUAAAGUGUUCAUUCCAUCGCUGUUCAUCUCUCAUGUUUUGGCUUUGGGACUAGGCAUCUAUAUUGGAAAACGACUGAGUUCCCCGUCUGCCAGCACCUACUGAGGGAGAGGAGAGCCCCGGAUGUGCGCGUGCCCUGUGAAGUGCUGUCCCUGUCACGUUAGUGUAUUUGAACUUGAGACCAUUCUAAGCAUGCCCCAGUCCUUGACCCUCUUUUUACAUAUCCACGUUCCACCUCCUCUUGGGAUUCAGUAUUUGAUUCGAACUCUUGGGAGGCAUUUCCAUGACCUCCUUCCCUUUUUGGCCUGUAAGACCCUCAGUUUCCUUACGGAGUUUACCGUUGUCUAGAAAUUUGCAUUCUUCUUUUCAACGCAGAUGCCACCAGCAAGUGAUUUUUUUUUCCAUAGCCCUGUUUGUUGCCUCCUUUUUAGUCCCACCUGAGUUAGAACUACAACAUCCCCAUAGAAAUACUGACUGCUUUAGGACAACGACCAUCAGUCUUUUAAAAAAGAAAGCAAGUUAGCAAGUAUCUUAUCAAACCUUGAUUUUUCAAGACAAAGACAAGCUCUCGUAAGCUCGAAAUUUUUAGUUAUAACAAAAACAAGAAAAAGAAAUACAAAAAAAGUAGUCUGUGGCAAUAAAAAACAGUACUUAAACCAGCUUUGGGGCCAUUUUCUCUCCUCCCAGUGUUGACUGUCACGUUGGAAAUCUGCAGGAGGCCGGCUGCACAAAUAAAAGAUGGAGACUAAGCAGGGUGAACCCUGAAGUGCGACAGCUAGAGUGUGAACAGAAUGUUGGCUUUUCUAUGAUGUAGAACCCUUACUUCUGACGGGGAGGGUCUCAGGCCUAGGCGAGAGAAGAGAGGUGGCAUUUGGGACUUUGGGUGUUGGGAGUUUUUCCUGCUAUGUGUGAAAUUGUUUUUAUUUUUCAUCUCUUUCCUUAAAGGAUUGUUUUCCUUUUUUUUUCCCCUUAAAGAGAAGCUCUUGAAUGAGUUCUAGUGUGUUUGGUGCAUUUACAGGCUUCUUGUUAUUGGAAAUUUCAUUCCUUCUGGAGCCCUUUAGAGACAUCCUUGGGCUUCCGGAGCCAUUCCAAGCAGUUGGGCUGCUCUGUGGAGCGGUCCUGGGUGUGAGGAGCAGUUGACCAAGUCCUGAAAUGAUAUCCCUUUUGAUGUUCUUCCAGAGCUCCCACUUGUUACUGUUUACUGUACAAUCUUCCCCAGGGCAAUGCCAGGGACCCUCAAGCGGGAUUCCUCCAAGGCAUCCUGCUCUAGGUUACUGAACUCUUCAUUUGGGGAACACAGCCUCUCCUUCAGUGACAUUUCCUUCUUCAAAAUGUGAAGCUUUAGUACCAAAUUGUUAGGAAGCAUCAGGAUUUCCAGUGUCCUCAAGUAGAUUUAUUGGAUUUCAGAACAUGUAGCAUGAACUCUGAAGGAUACUACUAUAUGUUUGAUAUAUAAAUAAUUACUGUUUAUGAUAUAGAUUUUAAUAUUGGCUAUUUAGAGAACCAUCGUUACUUUGAAAACUAGUGAUUUGCUCAUUUAAUUAGUGCGUUAGGUUGAUGUGAGUAAAAUACUAAGACAGCCAGUUUGGCCAAUUUGCAGAAACUGUUCCAUCAAACUGUUUUUUCUGCAUCACAUUUUAUAAGGUAGAUGUGUUAUGGCAGAAAUGAACAGACAUUCCAAACACAGAAUUUAAUUCUUAACUGACUUGUUUGUGUUAAUGAAAUUGGCCAUGGCAAGUAUGGAAUUAACCCCAUGAUUAUGCUUAAAUUUGUUUUCUCUUACCAUUUGAGAAAACGUAAGGUAUGAGCCAGGGCCCAAAUAAAAGCAACAAUUAAUUCUUUUUAGAUGUCUUUGUUAUUUCUCUUCUGCAUCUGAAUUCUGAAUGUGGUAACACUUGAUUUGCCUUCUAUAACGUAUUUAUUUCAAGUAUAUAUCUUGGAUUUCAUUUAGAGGUGAUUGAGAAGUCUGGUGAGGCUGUUCACUGAGAUGGCAUUGAACACAUGGUUUAAAACUUAUAUAAAUGGAAAAGGCUAGUUUACUCAUAAGGACUAAUGAAUGGCACCUUGUUUUGCAUUAAAAUUGGCACAGUUCAAGUUGUGGGGGAGGAGAAGAUUUCUGUUUAAAAUUGGGCACAUCUUUUUAAGAGAAUUAAAUGCAACACCCCUUUACAGGUUAAAUAGUUGGUUUUUAUCUGUAGUGUGUUGAAAAUUUGAUUAUCUUUACAGCUUUUUGACCAUUGAAAAUAAAUCCAUCUCUGUUCUAUUAUUUCUCAAGUAGCUGUGAAAUCAACUAUUCUUGGAAUCUGACUGAAAUAAAAAUGGCUAGAGCUUGUUAUCAUAAGAUGAUACAAGGCAGUAUUUAUUGAUAACCCUGCUAGAGGUUUGGGGUGGAAGUCUUGCUCUCCCAAACUUUGAGUGAACAAAAACAGAUCGAUGUGUAAUCUGCAAAGGAUUUCAACUAUUAACAGUUGGAGUUUUGUAAAGAUAAAUGUUUUAAAAGCUUUAUACCUGUUUACAGUUUUGGAAAUAAAUGCAGGCUUCAUUUUUCUUAUGUUUAAUGAAAACUGGCUUAAAAUAUUUGUAAAUAGGAUCAAGAGCAAAGAUGCAUAGACUCGCACAGUGAAAAAUGGAGCAAGUUAGCUUGCUGUAGCAAAGCAUUGACUGUAAAUCGAAGACCACCAUUCAGACUUUUUCAACAAAUUGAACCAUUUGAUGAAAUGAUUGGAGUUAACUGAGCCAAAGUGAUUCUGCAUUCUUCAUCGAUUUAGUUAUUAGCACUUUGUAACAUUAUAUACAGUUUACAAUAUGUGUAUAAGCUGUAGUUAUAAACAUUUUGUGCCAUUAAAGCUCUCACAAAACUGG